AUGGACAAAGAGGAGCACUCAGUAAUCUACAUCAUUGAUGAUAGUGAAAAAGAAGAAGUUGUUGAGGAAGUGAUAGAAAUAAAAGAUGAUGAUGUGGAGUGUUCAGCAGAGUCCACUCUAACAGAUCACCUUAGCAGUGAUGCUGUGGAAAACAAAAGAAGAAUGCAGUCCUAUAUUAAAAGUGUAGUCAAAGACUGCAACAGGAAUAUCAAAGAACACUGGAAAGUUCAUCAGGAGGAAAUGCGGGAGUUUAAAAUGGAAUAUACUGAGCAGAUUAUAACUGUGUUUCAGCAAUGGGAUUCUGAUAUAAUGCAAGUUGAAGACCAAGAAAAUGAACUAAAUGGUAUUUUUAAUCAUCAAGAGAAGACUUUUCAACAAACUAGAAUGCUUCAGACUGACAGCCUGAAAACAGUUAAGCAGGCAGAUGAUGAGUUCUUAAAGGUUUUGGAGGAUUUGGAGAAGAAUUAUACCAAUGUACUUAACAGUAUACACAAUGAGUUUCAAAAGCAGAAGACUUUGCUGCAAAGAAAAAUUACAGAUGGUUAA